AUGGCUAGCAGAACAGUCUUACAGUUCUCAAACGUCCUAAACUCUAAAGUCGCACAGGCCAACUCUGCUCUGGCUUCAAAUCUUCCCUCACAAUCUUCUGACCUUACAACAUCCUCUCAACCUUCUCUAAUCUUACCUGCUGCUCUCCUUUCAAUCUUCUCUCUUCUCUCAUCAACUCACCACCCCAUCUCGGUAACAACAUCCAUUCCAACCUUCUCUUCAACUCUACAAAAUCAUCAUCCAUUGUCAAAGGAUUCCCCUUUGUCUCCAUCAUCUCCUAACCCAUCUAGUUACCCCCAAGAAUCUCCUCAAUCUGCAAUCCCAUCCUCUUCCUCUUCCUCUUCCUCCUCCUCAUCUUCAUCCUCAAAUACUCCCUCAUCAACAUUCCCCUCCUUUGAUGCAAUCUCAGCUUCCUUAGAACAAUUCGUCACCCUCAUUGAUGCUUAUCUAGCACAACAAGAAGCACAGCUUUCAGCAUCAGACCAACUCACACGUGCAGCUUCUUUUACUGGCCCAACCCCUUAUGAUCAGGCUCUCGAUGACCUCCAAUGGGCAAUCAUUGGUUACGCCUCUCUUGCCAUUUAUGCCCAUCUAGUUGAUGACCUUUGCACACAAACUCUCCCACUCUCAAAAGACUUGCUCUAUUGGGACUCCAUCCUCAAUUCUUCUCACAACUCUUGGGCAACUCUUAUCUAUUCUAUUCAAACUGCUCCCAUUAAAAUUUACUCAAAAUUCUCCUCAAUUUCUUUACAAAACUUGCCAAUAGGAAUCACCACAUCACGUGUUAACCUCCAAACACUUUCCUCAUCAUCAUCAUCAUCAUCAUCAUCAUCAUCAUCAUUCAUUCCACUACAAUCCCUCAAUGCUUGGUUGACAGCUUUCCAAGAAGCCUUUUCCAGAGCACAAUCAGUUGCUAAACAACUCUUUUCCCUUCCAUCCCCAAAUACACCUUCCUCUCUAUUUUCAUCCAUCUCUGUUUUUUUCCUUCUUUAUUCUCCACUCAACCCAGCCCGUAAGGAAAUCGCAGCCCAUAGAUCACACCUCAUUCGACUCCGCAAUAAAACUGCAAAGUCUCUUGGAUACCUUGUUGGAGAAUCUUUCCAAAUGCUUAAAAAACACCAGCAUGACACCAACUACCGUCGCCUCAUGAACCAAGCUGAGGAAGAUACAAUUGCCCCCCGUGACCACUGGAAACUUGAAAUCCAAACUGCUGCUAAUACCCUUGCCAAGGUCCUUCAAAGUGAUCCUGCCAGAUUAAAUACCAAUGCUGAUAUUACACAAUAUGAUGAUGAAUAUGACUUUAGAUUACGUCACGGAUUCCCCGUUGAUUUAAUGCCUCCUGUUGCUGUUGCUUCCAAACUUCUCAAUAUCCUUAAUAAGGAUCUAAAAGUCCAUACCCAAGAGUACACACGCAAGAGUCUUGCCCAUGGGAAACCCCGCUGGCUUGUGCGCAACUGGCCAAUGCUUGUAGGACUUACCUACGGCGGUCUCUACACUGCUCGACAAGUACUUGGCAAUUGGCCCGCAAUUGUACAAUGGUUCCAAACAAGUGUUGUUGAUACCCUCACUGCAUUUUGGCAUAACUGGAUUGUGGGGCCCCUGACCCAGAUUUAUAAUACAAUAAGACACGACCAGCACGAUGCAGAUAUGGCUCUUAUUACCAGACAAAGUCUCCAAGCAGAUGUUGAAUCACUGGAACGUAUGGUUGUCCAGUUUGCCCGUGAUCAUGGAGAACUCACAGCUGCAACUGAAGAAGCCACUGCAGCCAUGGAAGCAUCAUUGGCUGCACGCGUACGUAAUGGUGAUAUUUCUUCAGUCUUACGUCCAUACGAAUCUCAAAUUCAGACUCCACUUCGGUCUCUUGUUGGUGGUGAUUUAGUUCGAGCACUUUUAAUUCAAGUCCAGAAAACUAAGGUUGAUGUCGAAACUGCAGUUUCCGGAAUUGAUAGACUUUUACAAUCACAACAAUUAGUUUUUGGAGUUGUGGCAGCAUUACCUUCCUUUGCAGCAGCUUAUUGGAUUGUCCUUAAACCAACCGCUUCCGCACUCACUGGUAAUGUCCGAAGAUCGCGAGCUCAAGCUGGCCGUAGAGAUGCACUGGCCACAAUUUUGGGUCGUGUGGAUCGUCUUUUGGGUGCCCUUGCUGGGUUAGCUGCUGCAUCAGCUGCAGAUGCUUCAGAUCAUAGUAGCAACGCACUAAAUACAGAUGAUGCUGCUGACUCAUCUGUAACUUCUGUGGCUGUUACAGGGGGUCCAGAAUCUGAAGAUCCAUCUUCUGUUAGCCAGUAUCAUAUGUUGGUUGGUCUUUUUCUUUGUGAAACCUAUCUUUUGCGUGACCAGGGCCACGCUGUAUUACCACGCUCUCGAAUUGUUGAUUGGGAACAAGAUGUUUCUGAUCUCGAAGAUCUUGUCAAGGGUCCUGAAUUCCAGCAACGAGUUGUGGUACGCAUUUGGAACGUUUAUGGUCGGUGGCUUAAAUAA